CCUGUGGUUGAAUUUGCAGCAUUGCAAUUACAGGCUGAGAUACAACCCGCCCCCUACUGGAUGACGUUUCAUUUUCUCAAAAACAAAAGAGGGAAAAAGAGAAAGCGGUUGUCCAGCUGUUAUCUGUGACUGUGCAUAUGGUGAAAUGGCAGAAGCCAGUAUUUCAGUGGCUCCGGACCAGUUCUGCUGUCCAGUAUGUCUGGAUCUCCUGAAGGACCCAGUGGCCCUUCCCUGUGGACACAGUUACUGUAUGAUCUGUAUUACAGACUGUUGGAAUCGAGAGGAUCAAAAGGGAGUCUACAGCUGCCCCCAAUGCAGACAGACCUUCACUCCAAGAUCUGUACUGAGGAAAAACACCAUUCUGGCUGAAAUGGUGGAGAAACUGAAUGAGACAACACUACAAUCUGCUACUCCUGCUCCUGCUUACAAUGCAGGUCCUGGAGAUGUGGAUUGUAACGUCUGUAGUGGAAGAAAACACAAAGCUGUCAAGUCCUGCUUGAUGUGCCUGAACUCUUACUGCCAAACGCACCUUGAACAGCAUGAGAAUUUCUUCAAAGACAAGAAACACAGUUUGAUAGAAGCUACCAGACGACUCCAGGAGAUGAUCUGUAAGAAACAUAACAGGCCUCUAGAAGCUUUCUGUCCAGGUCCGGAGUGGGACUCAUUUCCAGCCCUGGAGUUUCAUGCCUUAAACCGGCCCACUUUAACUGACUAUAUUAAAAUAAUGUAAUUACAACCUCAGUAUACAAGUCUGCA